AUGACACAAAAGCAACACUUUGAAGGUGUCUUGUGUAAACAACCCAAUCAAGUUAAAGAGGACUAUCGACUUCAUCUGACAGGUAUAAUUGAUUGCAUUCGAUAUUUCUUGGCACAAGGUUUAGUUUUUCGUGGUAAUGAUGAGUCAAAUUCAUGCAUAAAUAAGGGGUUUUUUCUUGAACUUAUGAGUUUCCUUGUUAACCAUAAUAAAGAUAUUUAUAAAAUUUGGAAAAAUUAUCGUAGAAAUCUUAAGUUAACAUCUCCUGAUAUUCAAAAGGAUAUUGUUAAAGCUGCUGCAAUGGUCACUACUCAAGUUAUACUAGACGAUCUUGGAGAUGAUUUAUUUGCUAUUUUAAUCGAUGAAUCUCGUCAUAUCUCAGUGAAUGAGCAAAUGGUUGUGGUUAUACGUUAUGUAAAUAAUGAAGGAAAAGUUAUUGUGCGUUUUCUUGGUGUUGUUUAUGUUUCAAAUACUAAUGCUCUAACGUUGAAGUCGGGUUUGGAGUCAUUAUUUGCAAAAUAUUGA